AGUCGCCAUCAUCAUCUUGGGAUGAGCUGGUCUUCGCUAUCUUUUGAUGCAGCAGAGGAGAAUCUUCAAUUCAAGAUCUUCACUGAGGAUGUCCCAAAACCACUGAAAAUCGAUCUCUCCAUGGGUAAACCUAAAGAAGAGAAUCUAAAGCAAAAGCAAUACAUAGGAGUUCGAAGGCGACCAUGGGGAAGGUUCGUGGCCGAGAUAAGGGAUUCGACAAGACACGGAAUGAGGGUUUGGCUUGGAACUUUUGAUAGUGCUGAGGAGGCUGCUUUGGCUUAUGAUCAAGCUGCAUUUUUGAUGCGAGGUCAGUUGGCUCUCCUCAACUUCCCAAAGGAGAGAGUUCAGGAGUCGCUUCGAGACUUGAAGAUGAGGUGCAGCUACAAGGAUGGGUAUUCCCCCGCUGCAGAAUUAAAGGAAAAACAUAAGAUGAGAGGCAAGUCAAGAGGUAGGAGAAAGAAAGGGAAAUACCUAAAUGCAGUAAAUGCCUCAUGGAUCUCAGAAAUUUCUAACAAUGUUUUGGCACUUGAAGAUUUAGGAGCAGAUCUGCUCGAUGAGCUCCUGAGUUCAUCUGAGGCGCAAGUACUGGAUCGUAAAUUCCCUCAAACUUCUAUUUUAUUGACAUCCUUCCCACUUCUGAUCUUUGUUCAUUUGUUUUCACAAUCAUCAUCUGAGAGUAAUAAAUCAGUACUAGUUCUAGCAGUAAAUUCGCAUUAUUUCUUUUUAUUGUUUCUUCUUUUAUAUCUUCUUGUGCUGCUGCCACUAGUUAAUAAAAUUUAUAAUACCUACAUCACAUAUUGUUUUGUCAUGAACCCUAAUUGGAUUGCUAAUUUCUUUGUUAUAUCAUCUCCUUUAUCAUCUGGGAGAACUGCUAGUACGAACUAG